ACCAGAACCCGACAACAUAAGGCCUCUAACUAAAUAUCCCAGUUGGUUUGAUGGAUAUUUUACGAAAAUGUUUUUCUGAUCUGAUAUAACCGUCAUCUACUUGGUGAAAACCGCAUACCGUCUGAAAGUUAUACUGUGGCCGACGGCCGAAUAACAAUCCAAGUUCACCUUUACCCUUCUGCAGCAGAGACUGAAGCGGGAUGUCUUAAGUUUACGUUUUGCGAGUGAGUUGCGGUAUUGUGGUCCUAGGUUGAAUGUAUGUUACCGUAAAACAACGGCUGUGCCGAAAAAACGCCAGCUGGAUUCAGAACAACAACAAAGUUAGAGCUUCCUUUUUGAGCAACGGUUUGACGUCUUGAAGAAUACGUAAGAGGAAGAUCUUGCACUCUAAAUUCAGUGACAUAUCCGUGAUGGCAACCUCAUGUCUUCGAAUAGCUGCAGCUCUUCUGAUGUGCCUCAGUCUUGUUGCUUACGGGCUUGGUAAAGAAAUUACAAGCGAAGUGAGAAGUAGCAUGAUUGAAGCUUAUAACUUGUCGCGCUCGAUAAACCGUAGUCUAACCGGUUAUGACAAGAAAGUCAGGCCAAAUGCAGGGGGACCUCCCGUCAUCGUGAAGAUAGAAUUUAAAGUCAUAUCCUUUGGAGAAAUCAAGGAAGCUAAUAUGGAGUACUCGAUGGACAUUUUUAUGCGACAAUGGUGGCAUGAUCCAAGGUUUAAGAAUAAUUAUAGCAAACCGUUCAAUAUGGCAGCGGAUCCCACAAAGCUUUUCUGGACUCCAGAUACGUACUUCUGGAAUGUAAAAGAUGCUAAAUAUCAUUUCGUCACCCGAGAGAAUAUGAGAGUGAAAAUAUCGCCCGAUGGGGAGAUUUAUUACAGCACAAGGAUAACACUAACAGCUCAAUGUGAUAUGGAUUUGCACCUUUACCCAAUGGACACUCAGUAUUGUCCUCUUAUCAUAGAAAGCUAUGCGUAUACGACAGCAGACGUUGAUUACCGCUGGAAGGGAGGAGAUAAACAAAGUGUAGAGAUAGUGUCGAAGGAAAUGGCUCAGUUUGAUCUGACUGAUGUUAAAACUUACACCAAGUCGCAGACGAACAGUAAAGGUUCCUUCGCAAGUCUCAAGGCGGUGUUUUCAUUUCGACGGCGCACAGAGAGCUUUGUUUCUGCCAUAUUUGUCCCAGCAGUAGUCCUGGUUGUUUUGUCGUGGUGUUGCUUCUUCAUCUCCCCUUCAGCUGUUCCUGCCAGAGUGGCUCUGAGUAUCACCACUAUUUUAACCUCCAUUCUACUCAAAGGCAACGUUAACAGAGACAUGCCUAAGGUCAGCUACAUGAAAGCCGUUGAUUAUUUCUUGCUGACCUCUUUUGGCUUCAUCUUCGCCGCCUUAAUCGAAUUCAUCAUCGUCCUCAACACCAGUCCAGUGUUUUCUCCACCUUCCUGGUUCAAGAAGGACAAAAGAGGAGACAAAAAGGAAAUUGCGAUGGAAUGUGAAGCACACAGCAAGGGAAGUGUUGAUCUGAUUGUGCAAGUGAUGGAUGAAGGAGUUUGUAGAAUCAGGAAUAACAAGGGAAAUAUCAAGCUGAAGCCACAACCAAAACAACAACUUCCCUUAACGCCGCCAGUAGCAACAAAAACUAAGGCGCACUGGAUCGACCGAUUGUCAAGAUUUCUCUUCCCAACUUUGUACGUCACAUUUCUCGUCUCGUACACCAUAUACUACAGUGCGCUCAGGGAGGAGAGCGACUCCAAGGGACAUGUGUUGGACUAGAGAAUUCAACAAGAAAGUUACGGUGGAGUCUUCAACGAUAUUUAUCUAUAAAAUAUGAAGAAAUUUCUUUCCAUUCAUUUUUGAACAACUGUAGAUAUGAGAUAAAAGUCGAUAAUUCCUUCUGUAUCAGAAUCGGCCCACUUUGACGUACAAAGCACAAAAACCAACCGAUUAAAACAAUGCCGAUUUUGAAAAACGAGGUUUUACGAUGCAGUUUCGAAAAGCACGAAUUUAGGGUAAAACACUCUUGGGAAAAACUUAGAUUCCUAUCUGGAUUCCGAAGCAAAUCCCUGGUCACCCUGGCUAAGGUUUCUAUUGGGAAUCAGAAUAGUUAUCAUACUGAUAUUAGCCAAUCCGCUCGCCUACCUUUCUUUCCACUACAAUUGAUAAGAUAAUUAGAACUCUUAAAAGCGAGGAACAGAGUUUCUUUGCGUGUGAUGAGUGUCCUAUUUUAAAUUUGGUGUCUAACACGGAGAAUCUGAUAUGGUUUAUAGAAGAAUAUUGGGGGAUUGAUAGAAAAAGGCAAUUUUGAUGUAGGGGGCCUGGACUGAUAAUUUAUGAUGUAGGGCUAGCUCAAGGAAUCCAAUUUUUUUCAUUCAAUGUAAAGGAAAAUUGGUUUUCUCAAGAAAAGCAAUUAAUGUUACAGAUCCUACCUCCUGAGCUCUUUUUUGAAUAAUCAUCGGUUACAAACGUAUCUUUAAAUGAUAAACAAGUACCCGAAAAGUUCAUUGCUGAUAAAAAGACUCUCUACGCAUGGCGUAGAUUGUCAUCCUGGAAAAAAGAUGAUGAAAGGGCUUUCACUGAGUUCACGGUGUUCUGGAUAAGCUUAAAAAGAGCAAAGAUAAAAUACCAAAUCAUCUCCUCGAGUAAAGGAAUUGACAUUAUUGUUCCUGCCUUUUUAACCCUUUUAUAAACAAUUUCAAUAUCUAUCCCAGACUUUCUACUCUUUAUAAGAUGAAUCAUUAAUCAAGAUAUGUAUUCAUGAUAAAUAGAUGGCUUCUUCCUGAUAUAAUUAUUACAGUAUGCCCAGUUGAAGAAAAGCGCACGAAUUCUUAUCAUGUUAACAAAGAAAAAACAUGACAUUAAUAAAAAUUGAUUUGCCAGCCACCGGUCUUGGUUUGUAAAU